GCCUGGGAAGGGUGGCUCGUUGGGAUCAGGACAGCACGAUCCCGCGCCGUCCUGACCUCCUCCCGGAGGCAGAGGUCUAGAAAGUCUCUGUUACCGCGACUCGCGUUGCUGGAGAGUUGGAAUGGGACUUGCCCGGGCUUUCAUGCCUACGGGAGCCCAGCCCUUGGCGGUAGACGGCUAUCGGUUCCAAGGGAAGCCCUCCGAGUAAGCGUCCUUUGGGGCGCGGAGUAGUCGUGGCUGGUCCAUUUUGAAGCAAGAGCUUGAGCGAGCUCUGAAAUCCACUCUUGGCCUCAGCUGUACUAACCCUCUCACCUGCUGAUGGAAACCUACUUAGGAGAGGACGGCCUUGACCUAGCCGAGAUUUUCUUCUAGGUUUCAGGCUGGGCUUUGAAGAGGAGCUACCACCAUUAGUGUUGUGUGCUGUGUCUUUGCAUCUGCAGGAAACUGAGAAGAGAUCAGGGCGAACUUCAACACCACGACAUGAAGACAGUGACCUAUGAUGAUGUUCAUGUUAACUUCACUCUGGAAGAGUGGGCUUUGCUGAAUCCUUCCCAGAAGAAUCUGUACAAAGAUGUGAUGCUGGAGACCUAUGGGAACCUAACUGCUGUAGGCUACAGUUGGGAAGACAAAUAUACUGAAAAAUAUUGUCAAAGUUCUAGAAGACAUGGAAGGCAUGAAAGAAAUCAUACUGAAGAGAAACUGUUUGAAAAUAUUCAAUGUGUUAACACUUUUCCAUAUCACAGUCAUCUUCAGAUACAUAAAAGAACACAUGCUGGAGAGAAACCCUAUGAAUGUAAUCAGUGUGAUAAAGCCUUUGCAUAUUAUAGUCAUCACCAAAGUCAAAAAAGAACACAUGAAUGUAACCAGUGUGGAAAAGCCUUUACACGGCAUAAUCAUCUACUAAUACAUAAAAGAAAGCAUACUGGUGAGAAACCCUAUGAAUGUAAUCAGUGUGGUAAAGCCUUUUCACAAAACAGUAAUCUCCAACAUCAUAAAAGAAUACAUUCUGGAGAGAAACCUUAUAAAUGUAAGCAGUGUGGUAAAGCCUUUACACGUCGUAGUCAUCUUGUAAUACAUAAAAGAAAACAUACUGGAGAGAAACCCUAUGAAUGUAAUCAGUGUGGUAAAGCCUUUUCACAACACAGUAAUCUCCAAUAUCAUAAAAGAAUACAUUCUGGAGAGAAACCUUAUGAAUGUAAGCAGUGUGGUAAAGCCUUUAAACGUCAUAGUCAUCUUGUAAUACAUAAAAGAAAACAUACUGGAGAGAAACCAUAUAAAUGUAAGCAGUGUGGUAAAACUUUUGUAUGUCAGAGUAGUCUCAAAAUACAUAAAAGAACACAUACUGGAGAGAAACCCUAUGAAUGCAACCAAUGUGGUAAAGCCUUUGCGUAUCACAGUAAUAUCAAAAUACAUGAAAGAAUUCAUGUUAGAGAGAAACCUUAUGAAUGUAACCAAUGUGGCAAAACCUUUUUAUGUCAUGCUUAUCUUCAGCAACAUAAAAGAACACAUACUGGAGAGAAACCUUAAAAUUUAAUCAAUGUGAUAAAGCCUUUGCAUAUUACAGUCAUCACCAAAGACAUAAAAGAAGACAUACUGAAGAGAAGCCCUAUGAAUACAAUAAAUGUGGUAAAGCCAUUACACAACACAGAUAUGUUCAAUGCAUGAAAUAACUCACACUGGAGGGGAACCUUAUGAAUGUAAUCAGUGUGACAAAGCAUUUGUAAGUUAAAGUAGUCUCCUAAAACUUAAAAGAACUCAUAUUCAUACUAAAGAGGAACCUUAUGAAUGUAAUCAAUGUGGUAAAACCUUAGCAUGUAUCAGUAGUCUUCAAAAUACUGAGAAAAAAACAUACUGCAGAGAAACCCUAUUAAUGUAGUCAGUGUGGCAGAGUUAUGCAGUUCAUGGUAGUCUUUACACAAGAGUAAACAUUUACUAUGUAACUGGGCUUUUAAUGCCUGUACAUAUCACAUAAAUAAAUCUUUGAUGAUCUGAAAAAUGCAUACUAUAGGAAAAAAUACUAUGAAGGAUUUGGUAAGAUCUUUAGUUAAUAUAUCUACAUUCCAUUACACAAGAUAAUUUUUUUCUGGAAAAACAAAACCUGGCAAGUAUCAGCAAUUUGUUAAAGAAUUAUGAUGUCUUUGUACAUGCACACUCACAUAGACAAAAGCCUAUGAGUUUGAAUUAUAAAGUAACCCUUUUAGAUUUCAUACUUCUUUUUAAUCAUAGGAAAUAAGAAAUCCAUGAGUAAAACAUUACGGGUAUUACUAGUGCAUUUUCUGUUGCUGUAAUAAAGCAAUGUCUCAGUCAACUCACAAAAGGGUUUAAUUUGUCCCUUGGUUCCAGACAGAUACAGGAUCAUCAAGAAAGUGACUUGGUAACAAUUGUCAAACCUGGCAGCUAAAGCAAGACACUGCACUCUUACAUCCUCAGCCUGAGCCGUGAAACAGAGAGUAGAAACUGGAAAUGGUACAUGACUGGAAACUCAGACCCACGCCUAGUGCCAUAUUUCUUCAGCAGGGCAGCAUUUCCUAAAACUUCCCGAAUGGGAACACCAGCUGAGAAUUGAUUUCAAUCCUGAUUCAAGCCUACAUGCCAGCUUUCUUUUCAUGAACUACUUCAAUGAAGAAGAACUCUGCAAGCCUCUAAAUGUCUCAAUACCCGUUACAGGAGUGAAUGCUUAUGAUAGAAAACCAUUCAAGAGAGAACGCUUGUGUAAAGACUUGUUUAAAUUUAGGUAAUGCAAUAUCAGUGUGUCUUUGUUUGGAUAUGUACAUUCUGAUUCCCAAGGUUAGACCCUCAAAACAUCUUGCAGCAUGAAUUACAGGAAGUUGCCAAAAUUCUGUCUUUGUUCCUGAGAAUGCUGAGAAUGAGCUCAGCCAUGUCUCUAGCCCUUUAAAUAUUUUAAAGCCUUGAUAUCAGGAACUAGGGAAGAACUCAUACAAGAGAAAAAUCCUAUUUAUGUAAAUGAUUUUGUAAAGAACUUAGAUGUCACAGUUUCUUCAGGUUAAGGAAAUAAAGCUUAUUUCAUCUAUUUUCAUUAAAGCCUUGAAACAAACUACAUAGCAUGUUGACUCAAGAUUGAUGUGGAGAUCACUGCAUUGUGCUUUCUAGUUUUCAACAUUUGAGGUGGAUAUCAAAGUGUGCUAUGUGUGUGGCACAUCUAUUUAGGCAAAUUUAAUUUGUGUUCCUUAUAUUCCUUCUGUGGCCUUUGUUCUUUGAUUGUCCUUUCACUUAGAGACAUAUUUUUUUAUUGCAAUGUGUAGAAUGGGAUGCCCAUCAUCUCAAUAGCCAAUUGUUCAUUUAAAUAUCGGGCAAUGUGUGAUUAUUCUUUUCAAAUAAGGGUGUCUGGGAAAGGGUAGUGGGUUGCCGUUCUAUUUUUUUUUCAUAUUUUGACAAAUUCCCUUAAGAUGUUUGUUAUCCAGCUGAGGUUGGAUGCCAGUAACCUGUCUGAGACACAGUUGUACUCAUGAGCCUUAUUUGUUAGGCCCUGAGUAGAAGUCCCAGGGUAGAUAAUAUAUCCUCAAUGUUUGCUCUAUUGUCAACAUGUUUUAAAAAUGUUAACAUUAAAAUGCUUAAGAGGGGAGAAUGUACGGAACACUAAAUACCUCAUGUGAUGUGGGAGUGUCAUAUAUCAAUCUGUUGAUUUCAUUGGUUAAGUAAUAAACAAACUGCUUGGGCUCAUAGCUUAGAACAUAGGUAGGUGGAGUAAACAGAACAGAAUGCUGGGAGGAAGA